GCUAGGCUAGAAACAAAACCCCCGCAAAUUUGCAAAUGGGCGGGGCUGGCGACAAGCGACUGGGGGGCUCAAAGCUGGUGCAGACUAAACAAUCAUACACGCACAAGGCUCUGCAAAGCUGCAGGGGCGUCCCCGCCUCCCCCACGGUGCAGCCCCAAGAAUGCACUUUGCAGCGCACAGCAUUGCCAAGCGCGCACACACAAACGCACACCCGAAACUCUUGUGAAAUGUCUAGGGGUCUCCAGCGUAGAGGAGGGACUAGCCCCCACCGCCCCUCUGUCGGAAAGGACCUCACACGCCGGCCCUCCGCCUGGAGCCGAAGGCAAGUCGGUGACAAGCCCAAGGCGAGGGCGGUCACGGCCCCUUGCGGAAGGGCAAGGGGGCGCAGCGGUCGCCCCUGCCGCGUUCCCCAUACGCAUCCCCCACCUCGAACCCCAAAGCCCCCAAGCUGCGCCCUUACCUUCCUCGGCGGCGGCUGCAUGAUGCUGAAGGGACAUCAACCCUCCCCGACGGCAGCGUUAGCAAGAACCUGGAGGAGGAGGGCCAGAGAGGAAGGGAUAGCCCAGCGAGCGCGCGUGUGUGAAGAAGAGCCUAAGAAACAGGACUUGCCCCGGAGAGAGCAGGCCGGCGGGCGGCAGGAGGACCCCGGCCAGAGAGCGAGUGUGAGAAGAAGGGGGAGGAGCGCCGGGAAGGCCUGGGGCCCGGACUGCCCGGGGUCCAGCCUUGGCCCAAGAUGUGAUCUAAUUCUCAUGCUGCUGUGGGCAGAGUACAUGGCAUCAGAAUGCUGGGAGCUGCUGUCUGUCGCCAUGGGAGGGAAUUCCCCAGCUCAGGAAAACUCUUCCAGUGGAAGGGAGCAGGUGGCGAGCCUCCCUGAAGAGACAGACGCUGCCAACGCUGCAGGCAGAGCCAAUCGUGUGGUGGCUAACAAAUUUUUCCAGCAACACAGAGCUGAGAAGAUUAGAACCUGGAAGAAGAAAGAGCUCUGCAUUCUUGGCUUCACCUGCCUGAAGUGGAGUUUCCAUCAUGCUGAGCUGGAGGUGCAUGGGGCCAGGGAAGGACAAAUCCCUCACCUGUUGUGGGAGAGGCCUGGCUGGAACCAUUGCACACUCCUGUCUCACUCAAGCCUCACAACAGUCCUCAAGAGAAGUUAUCAAGGCCAUUUUGAAGAUGCAGCCAAACUGUAGAGUUUCCUCUUCCAAUGGAGCUUCCCUGACUCCCUCUGAGAGUGACUGCUCCUUUUCUGCACACCCUCAUGUCCUGGAAUCAAUGGCUUGACCCUUCAGCUUCUCCAACCAUACUCAGAGACCCUCCUCCAAGUGCCCACACACACCAUGGUCCUACACACAGAUUCUUAAUCAGCUUCAUUCAGUAUAGUUUAAUGUUUAUUUAAAUUUAUUUGUAUCAUCUUUCUAACAACAUAUAUUAUUUUUUUUACCUUUUUUUAUAAUAUUGGGUUUUUAUCCCAUCCAUGCAUGUCCAAAUUGUCAAAAAUUAGGAAAGAAUAAAAAUGAUCACAAAUUGCCACAGAUAAUCAUAUUAACAUUUUGGUAGAUUAUUUUUUUCUUUUGAGUCUGGUUUCUAUAGACAUAUGCAUUUUACAGAGUUGAGAUUACACUGUAUGAAUAGUUCUAAAGCCUGCUUUUAAAAAUCUAACAUUAUACCAUGGAUAUUUUCCCCAUGUCAUUAAAAAUUACAUGUGCCACACCCACUGGGAAGGCUAGUAUGAAGAAGACAGAUAAUAACAAAGUGUGGCGAAUUGGAACCUUCAUACAAUGCUGGUGGGAAUGUAAAAUGGUGCAGCCCCUUUGGAAAACAAUCUGGAAGUUCCUCAAAUAGGUAAGCAUAGGCUUACCUUAAGACCCAGAAAUUUCACUGCUAGGUAUAUAUUGAAGAGAAAUAAAAACAUAUGUCACACACGAAACUUGUACAUGAAUGUUCAUAGCAGCAUUAUUUAUAAUAGCUUAAAAAUGGAACAGUCCAAAUGUUCAUCAAUAAAUGAAUGAAUCAAUAAAAUGAUAUAUCCAUACAAUGGAAUAUUAUUCAGUCACAAAAAGGAAUGAUGUACUGAUACAUGCUACAACAUAGAUGAACCUUAAAAACAUUAUGCUAAAUCAAAGAAGCCAGACACAGACCAUCACAUAUUGUAUGACUCCACUCAUAUAAAAUAUCCGAAAUAGACACAUCUAUAGAGACAGAAAGUAAAUUUAUAGGCGGCGGGGUGGGGAGGUCUGGGGAGAAAUGAAGAGUGACUGCUAAAGGAUAUGGAGUUUUGUUAGGGGAAGGUGAAAAUGUUCUAAAAUUGACUGUGCUGGUUCAAAACUUCGUGCAUAUACUAAAAACCAUUGAAUUGUAUACUUUAAAUGGGUGAAUUGUAUGCUAUACAAAUUAUAUAUCAAUAAAGCUGUCAUAAAAACAA